AUGGCUGUGGGACUCCGAGUUCCCCUGCUGGCGCUUGCAGGGCUGUUGCUCUUCCUGUGUGUUGGGCCCUGGGCCGAAGGCGGGAAGGUGCUGGUGGUCCCCAUGGAAGGCAGCCACUGGCUUAGCAUGCGGGAGGUUGUGCGGGAGCUCCACGCCAGAGGCCACCAAGUAGUGGUCCUUUCGCCAGAGGUGACUCUGCAUGUCAAGAAAGAGGACUUUUUCACCAUGAAAACCUACUCCGUUUCGUACACCCAGGAUGAAUUUGAUCACCUCCUGCUGGGCCAGAGUCACACGGCAUUUGAAAGAGCACAUUUUCUCAAGAGACUUUGGACAAGUAUGACAAAUUUGCAAAAGGCUUCUUUGAUCUUUCAAAAGUUUUGUGAGGAGCUGGUGUAUAACAAGGACCUGAUCAGCCACCUGAAUGCCAGUUCCUUUGAUGUGGUUCUAACUGACCCCGUUUACCCCUGCGGGGCAGUGCUGGCUGCAUACCUGAAGCUUCCUGCUGUGUUUUUCUUGCGCCACAUUCCAUGUGACUUAGAUUUUGAGAGCGCACAGUGCCCAAACCCUUCCUCAUAUGUUCCCAAGCUUUUAACAAUGAAUUCAGACCACAUGACAUUCCUGCAAAGGGUCAAGAAUAUGCUCUACCCUCUGUCUCUGAAGUACAUUUGCCAUGUUACUUUGGUUUCUUAUGCAAGCCUGGCCUCUAAGCUUCUUCAGAGAGAGAUGUCACUGGUGGAUGUUUUGGGCUCUGCAUCUGUGUGGCUGUUCAGAGGAGACUUUGUGUUGGACUACCCCAGGCCAAUUAUGCCCAACAUGGUCUUCAUUGGGGGCAUAAACUGUGCCCACAGGAAGCCAUUAUCGCAGGUGACCAAGGAGGAUGGCACACUUUGUGAUGGAGUAUCCCAAGGCAACCAUGCCCAAAAAGGUUUUCUUUGGGGACAUAAACUGUGCCAACAGAAAACUACCCUCUCAGAUGUGUGUAUGCUGCCUCACCCAAUCAAUAUCCCAAGCUUUCCAAUAUUCCUGGCUUCUGUCAACCUAGUUUGUACUGAGAUACAUCCUGCAUAUGGCAAGGGGAUAGUUCUGUGCAGCUUACAGAACUGCUUUUCACAUUUCCGUCAAUCAUAGUUGUAGAACCAAGUUUGGUACAGGCUAGCAGCUGGCAUUGGGCUUUUGACUCAUCACUACAUUUUUUUUUUUUAUUGCUUAAGUCAAGGACUUGAAUACAGUCCUAACGAUGCUAUUAACCCACCAUGUAACUGGGAGGAAUUCACUUAAGUAUUUUGCCCAAGCCAUUGGAGGGAACGUGUUCCUGCUAACACUGACCUCAGUCCAUUGUAAUUGAUUUCAGACUUCUGACUUCCAGAUAUUUAAGAGAAUAAAUGUGAAUUGUUUUAAGCUACCAAGUUCCUGGUAACUUAUUACAGCAGCCAGAGGUAACUAAUACACCCACUCAUGCCAGGUUUACCCGCUUUUAAAAAGCCUAGGCUUAACAUUAUAUUUAAACGGUCAAUUUUUACUACAUCACCAGCAUUUACACGGAACUAAAAACCAUCUUUAAUUUAAGCCAGAGAUACUAUUAAUAUAUCUAUAUCUUCUACCACCCCACGCUAAAAAAUGAAGUAAAAUGAUUUAUCCUGGCAAUG